UCUCUGAAACCAGUUGCGAAUAAAUAUAAUUAAAAGUUUUCUGCGGUCUGAUAAACUUUUCUGAGCUCAAUUUUAUUACCACAAUGGCAAGCAAUCCAGCGACCGUUAAGAAGGUGCAGAAUCGCGUCUAUAUCAAAAAUGGCGAAGUUGUCAAUCAUGAUAAGUCCUUCAAAGCUGACGUUUACAUUGAGGAUGGCAUCAUUAAAUUCGUGGGACCCGCAUCUGAUAUAAAGGUACCAGGUGAUGUGCGUGUUAUCGAUGCAAGUGGCAAACUAGUUAUGCCUGGUGGCAUUGAUCCACACACGCAUUUGCAGACACCAUUUGAUGAUGCAACUACCGUUGAUGAUUUUUAUCAUGGAACCAGAGCAGCAGUAGCUGGUGGCACUACUAUGAUAAUUGACUUUGUGUUGCCUAAAAAAAAACAAUCUAUGAUCGAGGCUUAUGAUUCGUGGCGCAGUUGGGCUGAUCCUAAGGUCUGCUGUGAUUAUGGCCUCCAUGUGGCUAUCUCUUGGUGGUCCGAAUCGGUAUCGGAUGAAAUGAGCAUACUCUGCAAAGAACGGGGUAUCAAUUCGUUUAAAACAUAUAUGGCUUAUAAGGGAGUUUAUCAGCUGAACGAUUCGGAACUUCUGGAUGCAUUUGAGCAUAUUCGAAGCUUGAACGCCCUUGCCAUGGUUCAUGCUGAAAAUGGCGAUAUUAUUGCCAAGAAUGAGAAACGUUUGUUAGCCGAGGGCGUUACUGGUCCUGAAGGACAUGAACUGUCUCGACAGGAGGAAGUGGAGGCGGAGGCCGUAAAUCGUGCCUGUAUUUUGGCUCAUCAGGUUGUUUGCCCGCUGUAUGUGGUCCAUUGUAUGAGCAAAUCGGCUGGAAUUGAAAUAUCUCGAGCCCGUCAACGGUAUAAUGGAAAAUAUAUAUUUGGUGAGACAGUCGCGGCUGCUCUGGGUACAGAUGGCACCCACUAUCACUGCCACGAUUUCCAUCAUGCAGCUGCUCAUGUGAUGAGCCCUCCUCUAAGACCCGACCCGACAACUAAGGAGUUCCUGAUCAAGUUGCUGGCUACCGAUUCUCUGCAGACGACAGGCAGCGAUAAUUGCACCUUCAACAAGAUACAUAAGGAACUUGGCUUGGGUAACUUUACAAAAAUACCCAAUGGCAUCAAUGGCGUUGAAGAUCGUAUGUCCCUGGUCUGGGAGAAGGGUGUACAUUCCGGUUUAAUGGAUCCCUGUAGAUUCGUGACCAUAACAAGCGCAAAUGCAGCUAAAAUAUUUAAUAUUUAUCCUCAAAAGGGACACAUUGGUGUCGGUUCGGAUGCUGAUGUUGUUGUCUGGGAUCCAAAGGCCUCACGCACCAUUUCCAAGGACACCCAUCAUCAUGCAUGCGAUUUUAAUAUAUUUGAGGGUCUGACUGUUCAUGGUGUACCUGACUAUGUAUUGGUUCGUGGACGAAUCUGUGUCGAGAAUGGAUCUGUUCGUGCUGUUGAGGGACUUGGACGUUUUAUAUCCACACCAGUUAAGUCACCUUUCGUUUAUGACAGUAUUGAGCUAGAUGAGCGACAAAAAGUCAAACAACACUCUCAUAUCUAAUGGCAAAAACAAGAAUGAUGCCUUAACUGCUCGCGUUGAUGGUAAAUGGGACCUGUAGGAAUCAAUAUUUGCCAUAAGUGAGGAAUUUGGAAACCGUCUUUUGAUCCUUUUGCUUUUAAUAAAAAUAAAUUCUAUGUACAUAAAAUCUAAAGACUUUACUACUCGUGAUUUUAUAUGUCAAUGUCAAAUCAACCAUGUCUAGAAAUCAAAAUAAACAAGUUACAUCCAAAUUUUUAA